GGCAGCGACUUCGGCAGAGGAUUUUGAUUAUUGCCGCUCUCUUCCAGCAAGUAACAGAAUUAAAUCAGUAGUAGAAGCGUAGAAGUUGGGUCCGAGUUAGUUGAUUGUGAAAAUUCAUUGUAGUAGGAAUUUUUGAAAAUUGUAAAUUGAAUAUAGUGUUAUAUACCAGAUGACAAAAAGAAAAAUCUAAAUUCACGAGGAAUUUGAAAUACAGUGAAUUUCGAUUUGCAUGAUUGUAUAGUGCAGUGAAGAGCUAAUGCGCUAAGGGAAAAUCUCCCCUAUUGGUGGUGCGAAUUAUAAGCGAUUUUGGUGUACCAAAAAAGUAGAGCUAAGCAGAAGAGAACGAAGCGAAUAAUAAAAAUUGUCCAAUUUGUCAGUAGAAAAAUCGGUAAAAAUUGUAAAAGUGAACCGUAAAUAAAGCAGUGGAACGUUUUGGAAACGUCGUUUAAUUGAAGGCAUAAGUUGUUCUGCGCUCUGAUUAAUUCGUUUAACUUGUGAAAAAUUAUUCACCGCCAUACCAUUACCCGAAUGAAAAUUAUAGAAGGUUCAAAUAUAUAUAUAUACAUACAGCAGCAGCAAAAAUAAUUGAGCGUAGGGAAGGCAAAGUAUUUGGAUAAGAGCGACAAGGGACAAGCGACAUUAAAAACCAAAGACCGCAACACGAAAUUUUUGAUUGAAGCACAAGUAUUGGAACGCACAAAUUUUCAUUUAAAUCAACAUAUAUUAUUGUACCAAUAACUAUAAUACAUCAAGGAAAACUGGGAUCGCUUUAAUUUACACUCGAUUAGAAGAGGAGACAAAACCGCACCCUUAAUUCAUCCUUCUUGCAUCGUCAGUGGAGAAAUUCUAUAGGAGCUUCAAAAUAUUAAAAGGUAACAAAAUUUUAUUGUAUUAAUUGCAAUAGCAACAUCGCCGAGAUGAAUGAAUUAGAUAGCUUAAGACAAGAAGCCGAAUCUCUGAAAAAUGCCAUACGAGAUGCUCGUAAGGCUGCAUGUGACACAAGUUUAGUGCAAGCCGCUGCCACAUUGGAACCAAUAGGUCGUAUUCAAAUGCGCACUCGGCGUACUUUGCGAGGCCAUUUGGCAAAGAUCUACGCCAUGCAUUGGGGUAGUGAUUCGCGCAAUUUGGUUUCGGCAUCACAGGAUGGGAAAUUAAUCGUCUGGGAUUCACACACCACCAAUAAGGUGCACGCUAUACCUUUGCGGUCCUCUUGGGUGAUGACGUGCGCAUAUGCACCUUCGGGAAGUUAUGUCGCCUGUGGAGGCCUUGAUAAUAUGUGUUCAAUCUACAACUUGAAGACGCGUGAGGGAAAUGUGCGCGUCUCACGUGAGUUGCCUGGCCACGGUGGAUAUUUGUCAUGCUGUCGUUUUCUCGAUGACAAUCAGAUUGUCACCAGCUCUGGCGAUAUGACUUGUGGUCUCUGGGACAUCGAGACAGGUCAACAAGUAACCUCAUUCUUAGGUCAUACUGGCGAUGUAAUGGCGUUAUCUCUGGCGCCAGGAUGCAAAACAUUUGUAUCUGGUGCUUGUGAUGCUUCAGCAAAAUUAUGGGAUAUACGUGAAGGUGUAUGUAAACAAACAUUUCCGGGACACGAAUCUGAUAUCAACGCAGUAACAUUUUUCCCCAAUGGACAAGCAUUCGCAACAGGUUCUGAUGACGCCACGUGCCGCCUUUUCGAUAUUCGUGCAGACCAAGAGUUGGCAAUGUAUUCGCACGACAACAUUAUCUGCGGUAUCACAUCGGUGGCGUUCUCGAAGAGCGGUCGCUUGCUGCUGGCGGGUUACGAUGACUUCAAUUGCAAUGUAUGGGACACAAUGAAAGCAGAGCGAUCCGGUAUCUUAGCUGGUCAUGAUAAUCGUGUCUCUUGUCUCGGUGUGACCGAAAAUGGCAUGGCUGUUGCAACGGGAUCAUGGGAUUCGUUUUUGCGUGUGUGGAAUUAAAGCGUUUGCGAUUGUGCGUUACCCCGCCAUGAGUGGAAGAUAUGUGGAUGCAAGUACGGACGAAGUGGGAUAAUAAUAAGAAGAGAGAAAUGUAGCGAUAGUGAGUUACGGCAUAAAUUGCAUUCGCUUUCCACAACUUAACUAGUGAUUGAAUAACGUGCACCAUCGUAAAACGGCCACUUCCCACGCUGUAACUCCCCAUUAUCCUCCAUUUUCGGCAGUAUAUUUACAAAUUUACAUACAAUACACACAACAUUCACUAGUAUACACGCAAACAAAAAUAUAUAAACACUCGAACUAUCGAAAACCCGGGAAAAGGGACACGGGACAGGGGACACUGGACAUAAGACGGAAGCAUAUGCUGACACACACAUACGAUUUAUAUACAAGCUUACAUUAAAGAAAUUAUUUAUAUAAAUUAUAUACAUAAAAUCAUAUAAGUUAAAAGUAAAGUAAAACUGAUAUAAAGAAACGAGACCGAUAAAUUAAUGAGAAAAAUGAACCAAAAACAAAGCCAUUAAGUAAAAUUUGCAGAGAAAACAACAAAAAAGAAAUUUAAGAAUAUGAUUAUGAUUAUGAUGUCACAGUAAAAUAAUACUACUGAAUACUGAAUAUAUGUAACUGAAUAUCAGAAAAACAAAGCACAGAAGCCAUGAUAAAAGCAAAGGCUUUAACUGAGUUAAAUCACAGCGAAAUCUGUUGAAAACGCAUUUACAAAACCACAGCAAGAAAAUUAAGUCGAAAUAUUAUAAGUGGGAAAUAAAAUUGUAGAAGUAUAAUAAAUAAUACUUGGAAUGCAACCCAAUAAGAUAUAUAAAUUUUUUCUUAUUAAGUUUAAGCCCUAAUUUAUAUACAACUCAAAAUUAUAAAAUGAUUCAGAAAAUAAUAAAAAAUAAACGAAUAAAUUUUAUAUAUGGCCAUAUAAGCUAUGUAGCAGCAGCUAAAAAGCUAAAAUCAUACUUACAUACUUAAUACAGAAGAAAAACAAAAAAAAAAAAAAACCAAAACAUAAUAAUAAUGAGAAAGUUAGGAGGAAAACUAAAUUUAAAUUAAUGAGCGUAAAAUAAUUUGUAUAUUAAAAUAUAAACAGUGGCGGUAUCAGCCGUAGAAGAAGAAACAAUACGCCGUUCAUACCGCUAGAAUAACAUAUAUGUACGUCACACAAUUGUGCGAGAACAAAAUUCAUUUAAAGCAUUAGAAGAAAAAAAUUAAAAUGAUGAUAAAGUAUAACCGAUAAGAAGAAAACAUUAUUAACAUCGGUAAAUAAAAAUAAUAACAAAUUAGAAAUUUAAAAGCAUUGAUAUAAAACAAACAAAUCAGCCUAAUAUACGUGCAUACCCCACAUGUACUGAAUUCAUAUAUAUGACCUCUUACAUUUCCAUUGCAAUACGGUACGAAGGGAUUUUUCAGAAAACAACAUGCAUUAAUGUUUAAUUGACAUUGUUACUCGUACAAAGGAAGCAAUCAUCUUUAAAUCACAUGAAGACAAAGAGGGAUGAUAAGGAAAUGUAUUUUCGAAAAAAUAUGAAUGUAUUUUUUUUUAUUUGUUUGGGCUUGCUGUGAUUUGUAAAUGUAAGGGAUGCAGAAACGGCAAAUAUUGAAUUGAAAAUUGAAAAUUAGCAUUAAGCAUGUGAAACCUUUAUGUCAAAAGAAUAAUAUGGUCACAUGUAAAUACCGUAAUGUUACCACAUCUUUAUAAGAAGUUAGGAAUUCACUUAACAUGAAAAACAUAUACAUACAUAUAUCUACCAUAUGGAAAUGCGUCUUUAAAGAUUUUUCAAAAUUUUUAGUCCCUGUACUUGUGCUGACAUACUUUGAUGUGUUCAUAAAAAAGAAACUACACUGAACCACAUACAUAAAUACAUACAUACAUAUACGUACAAAGUAGUUGCACUUGGCGCAAGUACCGUAUUGCAUUUUAUUACUUCAAAACUUAAAAUAUAGGCAAAAGGGUACAGUAGUAGUAGGAGUGAGUGCAUUCUAAUUCAACUAUAACAUUUUUACAUUUGAUUUCGAUUUUAUUAUAUACCUAUUCUAAUUGCGAAUUUCGUUUGUCCAACUCAGUUACUUGACUUGAUUUCAAUCAUUCAUGCAUACAUAUACAAAUCUUUGGUAUGAGCUACAAAUCGACUUUGAAGCACAACAAAUUAUCUAUUUUAAGAUAUAACAUAACAAAUUGUACAAACUUUGUGGCAUAAAUGCUAUGAAAUGUAAUAAAUUAUUCAACCGAUUUUACCAAAAAUUUAAUACUUACUCAACAUUUACAAACGCACACAUAACACUGAAAACAAUCGCAAAAAUGUUAUUCAACAAUUAUCAAAUAAAACAACGCACACAUUUAAUUUUAUGCUACCUAAUGUUAUUUAUUUAAAGAAAACAUAUCUAUGAGUUAAAUUUACACACGUUUUAUUGCAUACACUCGCUUGUGUAGCAAAUACUUCUUUGUAUGAUAAAAUGAUAAAUGAUUGAUUCACUUUAUUUGUUAACUUCUAUAUAAUAAAAUUACGUACAUUUAUGAACCAAGUAUCAUAAUAUAUUUAUAUGUCUGUCUGUGUGUAUCACUAUUUAAAGCGCAUACAGAAUUAUUAACGACGAAGAAAUAUUAUACAACUAUAUUUUAAAGCGUAAAGCAGUGACGCCUAAACUAAACUAAAAUAUAUAAUUUAUUAUAUAAUGUUUUAUGUAAUCCUAUUUUGUCAUUCUUAUAAACUAAUUGGGAUAUAUUCUCAAUUAUGGUUUCAUGAACAUAUGUUAAUUGUUUUUUUUUUUUGUUUUUGUUUUUAAAUUAAUUUUAUUUCUUAUUUAAAGUAAUACUGUAUUAAAUUGAGCUUUAAACAUU